UUUUGACAACUACGCCCUCUUGAACCCCCCCACCCCUUGCCCUCUUCUCAGCCUCCCGUUUCCCACAAUGCACUGCGGGCAUCACCACCAAGAUGGCCGAUGUCAUGGAGGAGUAUGAGAAAGAAGCUGGCUGCGUCCCUAUUCUCCAUCCAGAGGAAAUCAAGCCUCAGAGCCACUUCAAUCACGGCUACAGCGAGACCGUCAGCCGCAAGAACCACGUGGACGACUACAGCACGUGGGACAUCGUGAAAGCCACGCAGUACGGCAUCUUCGAACGAUGCAGGGAGCUGGUGGAAGCCGGGUUCGACGUCCGGCAGCCGGACAAAGAAAACGUGACCCUCCUCCACUGGGCCGCCAUUAACAACAGGGUGGACUUGGUCAAGUACUACAUAUCUAAGGGUGCCAUCGUAGACCAGCUGGGAGGAGAUCUCAACUCCACACCGCUGCACUGGGCCACCAGACAAGGCCACCUAUCCAUGGUGGUGCAGCUGAUGAAAUACGGCGCCGACCCGUCCUUGAUCGACGGCGAGGGUUGCAGCUGCGUCCACUUGGCCGCCCAGUUCGGCCACACCUCCAUUGUCGCCUACCUUAUCGCCAAGGGACAGGAUGUGGACAUGAUGGACCAGAACGGCAUGACACCCCUCAUGUGGGCGGCGUACAGGACGCACAGCGUGGACCCCACCCGGCUGCUGCUCACCUUCAACGUGUCGGUCAACCUGGGCGACAAAUACCACAAGAACACGGCGCUGCACUGGGCCGUGCUGGCCGGCAACACCACCGUCAUCAGCCUGCUGCUGGACGCCAACGCCAACGUCGACGCGCAGAACAUCAAGGGUGAAACGCCGCUGGAUCUCGCCAAGCAGAGGAAGAACGUGUGGAUGAUCAACCACUUGCAGGAAGCGCGGCAAGCCAAAGGCUACGACAGCCCAUCCUACUUGAAGAGACUCAAAACGGACAAGGAGGUCAGACAGAAGGUGAUGCUGGGGACGCCCUUCCUGGUCAUCUGGCUGGUGGGCUUCAUCGCCGACCUGGAUAUCGACUCUUGGCUCAUCAAGGGUCUCAUGUAUGUGGGCGUCUGGGUGGCCGUGCAGUUUCUCUCCAAGGCUUUUUUUGACCACUCCAUGCAUAGUGCUCUCCCUCUGGGAAUCUACCUGGCAACCAAGUUUUGGAUGUAUACAACCUGGUUCUACUGGUUCUGGAAUGAUCUCCCUUUCGCCACGGUCCACGUGCCGUUCCUCAUCAACACGCUGGCUCUCUUCUACAAUUUUGGCAAAUCGUGGAAAUCAGACCCGGGGAUCAUCAAAGCCUCUGAGGAACAGAAGAAAAAGACUAUUGUGGAGCUGGCAGAGACGGGAAGCUUGGAUCUUAGCAUCUUCUGCAGCACUUGCUUGAUACGGAAGCCUAUCAGAUCCAAACACUGCGCCGUGUGCAACCGCUGCAUCGCCAAGUUCGACCACCACUGCCCCUGGGUGGGCAACUGCGUGGGAAGCGGGAACCACCGCUACUUCAUGGGUUACCUCUUCUUCCUGCUGUGCAUGAUCUGCUGGAUGAUGUACGGCUGCAUAUCCUACUGGAGGAUCCACUGCGCCACCACUUACGCCAAGGACGGCUUUUGGCUCUACCUGACCCAGAUCGCCGCCUGCUCGCCGUGGAUGUUCUGGAUGUUCCUCAACAGCGUCUUCCACUUCAUGUGGGUGGCUGUGCUCAUCAUGUGUCAGCUCUACCAGAUCGCCGCUCUAGGAAUCACCACCAACGAGCGGAUGAACGCUCGGCGGUAUAAGCACUUUAAAGUCACGGCCACGUCCAUCGAAAGCCCUUUCAAUCACGGCUGCAUCCGAAACCUCAUCGACUUCUUCGAGAUCCGAUGCUGCGGCCUGAUGCGGCCCGUGGCGGUGGACUGGACGGCGCAGUACACAAUAGACUACGACCAGACGUCAGGCUCUGGCUACCAGCUGGUUUAAAAAAGAGGGGGUGUGAAGACAGAAUUGGGGGAGAGGGGGGUGGGGGGGGCAAGUCCUCGUUUGUUGUGAGAACCGGCACUCCUUCGCAGCAUCACGCAAAAACUGGGACGGGAUUCGCAUGCUGUUGAGGGGCAACCCCCCCCCCCCCCAACCCCCUUCCACUUGUCACCACUAUUAGAGGGAGAUGGACAACAAAAACGUCACAAAUCAAAGCACCUCUGGUACCGGUAGGGAUGCGGUUGCAGUGUCCCCUCUUCACUCUUAGGUUCUUUUAUUUUCGGAUAAGGGAAUGUUUUUUUAUCAGCGUUCUGGACCGGCAAAAAAAAAAAAAAUGUGUUACAGGUAUAUUUAUUGAAAGCGUAUUUAUCGAUGAGAUCCUCCAUCAUUUCUUGACUUUUUUUUUUUAAAAGAUGAGUAGGCUUUUUAUAUUUAGAGUCUAGCUGUAGCUGUUGGAUGGUGUAUUUAUUAAGGAUUAUAGGAAAGGAAGGUUCAUUCCGUGUAUCUAUCAAAAAGCUGUCAACUCUGAUGUCUGUUUUUUGUUUUGGUCUGCCUCCAAACUUGCACUGAUUUUUUUUUUUUUGGGGGGGGGGGGCUGCUACUGAACAAAAGGGCCCAGCAGCACGUUUUUUCCUCCCCCAUUGUUUACUUUCCCUGUAUGUGAGGCACCGUGUAAAGAAUGUGUACAUAAAUAGUCCAGAUUUCUUUUUUUUUUUCAUUUGAGGGGGACUAAAUGACAAGGACAUGAAGAAGUGACUGUAGCUUUUAGUGAUGUCCAACACUGGUGUCCCACACUUGCAUGUAUGAUGCCGCCCCCGGGUGCCACUGUAUAUACUCAGUGUUACGUCUUGGCAAGUGCAUUCUCUUCCGUUUUGUUUGAUUAACCCUCAAAUCCAGUGUCUUGUGAACCCCUCGACUGUAUUAUAUUCCAUGCUUGUGGACUGUACUCAUCCAUUUUUUUGGUAUUAUUUUUAAAUGUCACAUAUGGGUUUGUUAUACCACUGGAUGUACAAAUUGUAAAGCAAAGAGACGAGACAAACUUUUUUUCUUUUCUUUUGCUAAAAGCGGAAAUGUGACCAUGCGAGAUGGGCCUGGUGUUUGUUUUUUUUUCGCAUAUCAACACACCAAAAGCAGCCCCGUUUUGCGAUUUAUUCCCACAAAAAAGUCAGGUGGGUUCUGGGGACAUACAGUACAUAUAUAUUAUAAAAUACAUACACAGGAAAAUAGGAUAUCAUUCCAGUGCCUCUGUCUCUCUCUGCCCACAUCACUUUAACUCCGCUUCAGAUGUAAAACAUGGGCAUGGUUCAGUUUUAAUGGCUUUAAUAAUAAAAGACAGUCAAAUGUGAA